GGCGUGCGCCAGUGUGACGUCAAGGCGCGCGACGCGGGAGCUGGUGCCGGUGCCGGCGCCGCCCAGGGCGGCGAGGCCAGGGCUUCGGAAGGCCGGAGGGCGGUGGACGGCCUGGCACCAUGUUCGGCUCCAGCCGGGGCGGCGUGCGCGGCGGGCAGGACCAGUUCAGCUGGGAGGACGUGAAGACCGACAAACAGAGAGAGAACUACCUGGGCAACUCGCUGAUGGCCCCGGUGGGCCGCUGGCAGAAGGGCCGAGACCUCACCUGGUACGCCAAGGGCCGGGCGGACGGCGCGGGACUGAGCCGGGAGGAAGAGCUGGCAGCCGUGAGGCAGGCGGAGCAGGAGGCGCUCAUGGCGGCGCUAGGCUACAAGAACGUGAGGAAGCAGCCCACUGGCCUGAGCAAGGAGGACUUUGUGGAGGUGUGUAAGCGGGAAGGAGGGGACCACGAGGAGAAGGGAGUGCACCGGCUGCUGGGCCUGGGGAGCUCCAGCGGCUCCGCAGGUCGAGUGGCGUUGUCCCGAGAAGACAAGGAGGCUGCCAAGCUGGGGCUGUCGGUGUUCACGCACCAUCGCGUGGAGAGCAGUCGGCCAGGCUCCUCUCCAGUGUCUGCCAGGAAGAAGCCUAGGUCAGAGGAGGAAAAGGCAGAGCCUGGCCCCGAGAGCCACAGGAAAAGCAGGAAAGAGAAGAAAAAAAGGAAGAAGAAAAAGCACAAGAAAGAGAAGAAGAAAGACAAGGCACACAGGAGCAGGGUGGCCUCGCCGCUGCCCCCCGCUUCUGCUGGAUCCGGGCAUCGCAGGCACCGCUCUGACUCCGACGACGACUCCUCACCCUGCACUAAGAGGCGGCGCCGGCACCACAGUGACUGACAGGGCAGCUUCCGGAGGGAGUCCCACCUGCCCAGGACGAUGCACUGGCCUGGGAAGGCCCUGGACAGCUGCUUCUAUUUUUCUUUAACUCACUCUUUGUACUUAAAUAAACUUAUUUUAAGGGGAAA